GAAUUUUGUGAAUAUUCCUCUUUUCCCCAAGCACGAGCCGCAACUUUUCAUACUCCUCGCGACUUCAUUCCAAUUCAACUAACCCAACAGCAGCACUCUUUGCGACUUUGUUUCGGUUUCUUUACCAUUAACAACAACAAAAGCCGCAACCAUGAGUGCCUCUUUGAACAAGAUUGCGCCUAACAGCCCUUCGCGCCAGAACCCCUCUGAGCUCGAGACCAACAUCGCUGGCGCUCUUUACGAUCUCGAGACCAACACUGCCGACCUCAAGUCUGCUCUCCGACCCCUGCAGUUUGUCUCUGCCCGAGAGAUCGAAGUUGGCCACGGCAAGAAGGCUAUUGUCAUCUUUGUCCCCGUCCCAUCCCUCCAGGGCUUCCACCGCGUGCAGCAGCGUCUCACUCGUGAGCUCGAGAAGAAGUUCUCUGACCGCCACGUUCUGAUCCUCGCCUCGCGCCGCAUCCUUCCCCGACCCAAGCGAUCUGCCCGCUCUCGCAACACCCUCAAGCAGAAGCGACCUCGCUCGCGAACUCUGACUGCUGUCCACGAUGCUAUCCUAACUGACCUCGUCUUCCCCGUCGAGAUUGUCGGCAAGCGUCUACGCACUAAGGAGGACAACAGCAAGCUCCUAAAGGUUAUUCUCGAUGAGAAGGAGCGUGGUGGUGUUGACUACAGACUCGACACCUACUCCGAGGUCUACCGCCGACUAACAGGCCGAACUGUCACCUUCGAGUUCCCCCAGUCUGGCGCUGCCGAGUACUAGGGUUAAGCGGUUGGGCGUAUCUGGACGGGGCCUGGGAGAGGGAUUGGUCAUUUUGCCGCGUCGUUUACAUAUAGUAAUGACAGCAUAGCAAGAUCACUGGACUGGUGGCCCCUUAAAAACAUUACCGGCAUGGCGUCUACAUAGCUUGUAAACUGAAUUGACAAGCUGGUUUGCUCUGAUGAAUACUUAAAUUAAUUGCACAAACU